AUGCCGCCAAUCACUUACGACAACAGUCCUCGCAGGCUCAGCGGUGCUACCAUUGUACGCCGCGACAAGCUCAUCGCCAGAAUAUCGACAAUUUGGGCAACCGAAGAAGCUGACUGGCUCCCUCCACACCUCCCCCUUGUCGAACAUACGGAAAUUGGCUUCAAUGCUUUGCAGGAGGGGCCCGACGGCUGCCUGUUCGCCUCCCUGCCGCCACCACCGCACACGGGCAAGCAAACCCUGAACAAGUCAAUGUUAGAAACAGCCAUGGCCCUGCUCAAGGAACAGCUGAAGCUUGAACAAUCACCCGCUACAAGCAAGUUCGAAGAAGUCUCGCAAGAGCUAAACCAGGACAAAACCCCUUUGCAGGACAAUUUCAAACGACACAGCGCCGACAGCGACUAUUCCCCACGUGCCAGUCUACAGCGGGCUGGGUCACCAGAUUCAUGGGACGAAGAGGACGACAGAACGCUUCUAAAUCCUAGCUCCAGAACAACACAGCAAUCUUUAGCCGGUGCCGUUGCCAGGAAGCCGCUUGGUGUACGAACAUUGUCACCUGAAACACCGUCUACUCCCAUCAGCCGACUUUUGAACACACCUUUGGUUAUCCCAGCGUCGACAGGGACGGUGGUACAGGCCGCAAGGCAGCGUCCUGAAGCAGACAAGGCACAGGCCAUGAUGCAAUUGUCUGACCAGGACGCCCGUUUAACGACGUCGACCAUCGAACUGCUCUUGAAAGCGCUGACGUUGCCGACCGAGUUCCACAUCAUGGACCCCAGCUGGGUCAAGCUAGACAGCGGCCUGCCAGAAAGCGUGGUUAUCAUACCAGAGCGACUAGUCAACAAGAAGGUCAUCAUGAUGCCCAUCCACCACGCGUCUGAGCACUGGACGCUAGCAGUGUGGCACAGAGAGGAGAACUGCAUACACCACUAUGAUUCCGUUGAAAGCCAGUCGCGUUCGGACACGCUCAGCAAAUGGGCGAAGCGGUGGCCAUUGCCCCCGACUGCGGAGGCCAAGUAUUGCCCCCAGCAGAGCGACGGUGUAAGCUGUGGCAUAUUUGUAGUCGUCGUCGCCCGGGCACUGCUCAACGGUCACGGGAUCCCCACCCGCAUCGAACCGGCCAAGGAGCGAGCCGAACUUCUCAAUAUGCUUAGAAAUGCCGGCAGCAGCAAUUUGAGCAAUGAAGCGUUCGACAAGAAGGAUCAGCUGGCCAAAGAAAAUCCCCAGAGAGACAGCGCCCUUGGCGCAGCCCCUCCCCUGGCCGCCGCACACCCCGAUCAAACCUCGGUCGCCAGCGCAACGCGACCCGACAAAGCCCUUUUAACAACGCCGGAGAUGAUUUCGCUACUUGCCCGUCAGGAAAUCAGCAGGGAGGCCGAAACGGGAGCCACAAGCCCGUGGGCUUCAUGGAGAGGCGAGAUUCUGGAAACCAUCCAUGAACUCGCGCAAGAGUUACGCGUCAACGAAGACAGCCGCCAAGAGAUGGAGCGGAUACAGGCCCAGAAACAAAAGGCUAGUGAAGCGUUAGCCGCUGAUACAGAGAUGAUGGGAAAUGUCAAGACCCGACUCACUGAAUUCAUGGCCGCGGUGGAUUCGAAUGAAGACCAUGACAUCAACCCAGCAGUCUCGCUGGAAGACUUCUCCGGCGACAUGGUUGAGCAACUCAAAACAAUCAAAAAGAGAAAGGCGAGUUCCUCGACUGAGCUCAAGGAGCUGGAUAGCAAACGGAGACGGGUCGACGAGAUUUGCGAGCGGCGAAGAGAUGCAGUGGUCCUGAUGCGGCAGAGGCUGCUUUCCAGUCGUCGAGGCCAGUGA